UAACAGGCACUUAAAAAAAAAGAGUUCAGUGAAAGAAGCUGUUUAUAUUUUAAGCUGCUUUUCAUUUACAUUGCCUUUUAUCGGUGUUCAUGUCAGUAUUUGCAGUUUCCUGUCUACUCUUCUUGACAGUGGCCAGACAGUAUUAGCAGUCAGUUAAUGUAGUCUUGGAUUAUGAAGAAUAACAAGCAUACAGUGCAUCUGGAAAUUAUUCACAGCCCACUUUUUCCACAUUUUGUUAUGUGGCAGCCUUAUUCCAAAAGGGAUUAAAUUCAUUAUUUUCCUCAAAAUUCUACAAACAAUACCCCAUAAUGACAACAUGAAAUAAGUUUGUUUGAAAUCUUUGCAAAUUUAUAAAAAUAAAUAAAUAAAUAAAAAAUCACAUGUACAUAAGUAUUUACAGCCUUUUGCUCAAUACUUUGUUGAAGCACCUUUGGCAACAAUUACAGCCUCAAGUCUUUUUGAAUAUGAUGCUACAAGCUUGGCACACCUAUUUUUGGGCUGUUUCUCCCAUUCUUCUUUGCAGGACCUCUCAAGUUCCAUCAGGUGGGAUGGGAAGCGUCGAUGCACAGCCAUUUUCAGAUUUCUAAGGAGAUGUUCAAUCAGGUUCAAGUCUGGGCUCUGGCUGAGCCACUCAAGGACAUUCACAGAGUUGUCCCGUAGUCACUCCUUUGUUAUCUUGGCUGUGUUCUUACGCCGUGUCCUAAGCAGACGCGACGUGACGCCAUGACACGUGAUAAAAGAUAACAAACCAAAAACAAUCAUCACAAAACAAAAGUGGUUUGAGCCCUUCUACACUGGGGAGAAAGUCCAGCUUGGUUGUAACAUGCCUGGUGAUGGAUGGAAGUAUGACUGGUAUGAAGGCUCAAAAAACUUGAUCACAAAUCCAACUUUCACUAUAAGCUCAGCAUCUCCCUCUAACACUGGUGUCUAUCACUGCAAAGCAAAGAGAGGAGACUUCUCAGUGGACAGUGAGACUCUACGAGUGCAAGUUAAAGAUCUGCCUGAAGCACGAGUCCAGUCAGAAUGGACAGAAGCAUUUCCUGGUGAAAAAGUGUCUUUGCAGUGUGUGAUUCCUGGAUCUCAAAACUGGAUCUAUAAGUGGUUCAAGGGCUCAGAAAAUGUUGUCUCCAGUGAUGAAAGAAGCAUAAAAGACAACACUCUCACUCUCUCAGUGAAGUCCGGUCAUGAAGGAGAGUAUGCGUGUCAAGCUGAGCUGGAGGGCAGGACAGUCACAACUGCAAAAAGCAAAACACAUUUGUUAACAGUUCAUGGAUCGAAGCCAACAGUCGUUCUGAAGCAAGAUCCAUUAUACCCAGAGAUCUACACGGGGGAACAAGUCAAACUCAUUUGUAGCAUUGAAGAGAAGACAUCAAAAUGGCAAUAUCAGUGGCAAAAACAUUCAGUGCUAGUAAACGAUCACACUUACACUAUCCCAAGUGCUACACUCGAUCAAAACGGGGAAUACACUUGCACCAUAACAAGGAGAGAAAUGACAUACACAGAGUCCACAAAAUUGAAUAUAAGAGAGCCGCCUCGACCAAAACUGUCAAUAGAGUCUCAAUGGAAAACAUUUUACCCAACUGAAAAAGUGACUCUGAAGUGUUCAAUUGAUGGAGGUUCAAAUGAAUGGGGCUAUGAAUGGUUUAGAAACAGAAUUGCGAUUUCAGUUGACAAGGACUUUUCUGGAGACACACUCUCAAUCAGCUCAGCAAAAGCGAGUCAUUCAGGACAGUAUACCUGCGAAGGAAAACACCUGAAGCGAACUCCAGUGACUACAAGACGAGCAAAACCUUUGCAACUUGAUAUUUAUGAUAACACACCAAAACCAAUUAUCACAAAACAAAAGUGGUUUGAGCCCUUCUACACUGGGGAGGAAAUCCAGCUUGGUUGUAAUAUGUCUGGUGAUGGAUGGAAGUAUGACUGGUUCAGCAACUCAGAAACCUUGAUCACAGAUCCAACCUUCACUAUCAGCUCUGCAUCUCCCCCUAACACUGGUGUUUAUCACUGCAAAGCAAAGAGAGGAGACUUCUCAGUGGACAGUCAGACUCUACGAGUGCGAGUUCAAGAGCCACCUCAACCAAAACUGUCAAUAGAGUCUGAAUGGAAAACAUUUUACCCAACUGAAAAAGUGAAUCUGAAGUGUUCAAUUGAUGGAGGUUCAAACGAAUGGGGCUAUGAAUGGUUUAGAAACGGAGCUCAGCUUUCAGUUGACAAGGACAUUUCCUUUUCUGGAGACACACUCUCAAUCAGCUCAGCAAAAUUGAGUCAUUCAGGACAGUAUACCUGCAAAGGAAAACACCUGAAGAGAACUCCAGUGACUACAGGACAAACAGAAGCUUUGAAACUUCAUAUUCAUGUUGAUACACCAAAACCACAUAUCAGAAAAGAUCAGUGGUUUGAGUUCUUCUACAUUGAGGAGGAAGUCCAGCUUGGCUGCAACAUGUCUGGUGAUGGUUGGGAAUUUCACUGGUAUAAAAACUCAAAAACCUUGAUAGCAAAACCCAGUUACACCAUCAAAUCAGCAUCUCUCUCUGACACUGGUGUCUAUCACUGCAAAGCAAAGAGAGGAGCCUUCUCAGUGGACAGUGAGACUCUACAAGUGCAAGUUCAAGUGCGUCCACCUGCAGUUCUGAGUCUGGAGACUGAAUUGAGCGACAUCAUAUCUGGAAAUAUCCUGACCCUCAGAUGUAACGUCUCAGACGGCAGACAGUGGAGCUACGCCUGGUUCGAAAACGGACAGAAGCUCAAUGGGUCGUCAGAUAUGUUCAAAGUGACAGCAACUGAAGAAACUAUUAAAAGUGAAUUCAAGUGCAAGGGAAUAAGGACAGAGAGACCACUGUACUCCGCUCUGAGUGAGGGCUUCACGGCCAAUAAUAUUAUAUUAAAAAGAAAAAUUCUGCUGGCCAUCUCAGGAUGUCUCAUCUGCUGUAUUAUAAUUCUGAUCAUUGGAUGCCUUGUUCUAAGAUUCACACGUAAACCAGAGAAAAAAGAAACAGUACAAGAGGACUUGUUUUUCUCAAUGGCAGACUCUAAGAACCAAACUGCUUCACCCCUGGAGGAGUACAUGGACAACAGUCCCACAGAGAUGGAAGAAUGUGAGGAAAAAGAAGAACUGCUCACUGAUUGUGUUUCAGCUGUUCAUGAAGAUGAUGUGAUUAAAGUUCCACGUCUCCAUUCUCUUUCGUCUCCAUUCUCCAGCUCCUUGCUCCUGUCUCCAGUCCAGUGUUAUCGUCCUACAAACAAAGGAAAGUGCUCAGAUUAUAUUCAUCAGUGACUGUUAAAUGUGUGUGUGUGUGUGUGUGUGUGUGUGUGUGUGUGUGUGGCUACUCACCUGUUCUGUGUCCAUCCUGCUGCAAUCACAUUCCAUAUCCAUCAUUGCAAAGCCUGUUUUCAUUUAUACUUACUAUCUCCCUGUUCUGUGUUCUGUGACACAAAGCACAUAACAUUACAAUAAUAAUGAAUGUAAACAACUUACAGAGCUCUACUUGUACCACCUGACUGCUGCAGAUUAAUUUCGCUGUUGACAUAGAAAAAAAUAAAUAAAUCCAUGUCUGAGGAACAGUUCAGUGGCCUGUUGCAUGAAGCUAGUUGAACAAUCUCUGAGUUUCAGAGUAGGUUUGGAGUUGACAAAUCCAGAUAAAUCCAACCUGGUUUAGAUCAGGAUCAGCUGUUGCACAACGCUCGGUAUAAACUUUCUCUGUCAACUCAGGUUUAAUCCAGAGUUUGCAAAGCGCGUGCAUCUGAAAGUGUGACACGUGCGGCAAACAGCUAAUCACACGGAACAAGGAGAAUGUCAGUUUGAUUCACUUCUCGUGAGAGAGACGCGCAAUUCAUGUCUCUUCCGAAGAUUAAGAGAUCUUUAUGAAAAAUAUGAAAUUAAAUGCAUUUACAAUGCAGGAAUAAACACUGAUGCAGUGAACGUUUGAGAAGGCAGCUGAAGGAAAAUAUAUGACUAUAUCAAUGCAUGUGAAUCAAACAAAUAGACCAAAUAAUUAAUAUAGUUUCACAAAGAGCUCAAAAGAAUACAUGUAACCUUAAUCUGUUUAAAAGCUUUAUGUAUUAUGUAUGUAUUGUAUUUAUUUUAAUUUAAAAGCAAAGUUUAAUAUUGUCAAUUAAUAUAAUAGGCCUAAUUAUAAGAAUGUCAUGAAUUAUUCAUCAUUUUAAUUUAUUUAAUAUAAAUAUAAUGAAUAAUUAACAACAAAUGUUGAGAAAUUUUGUCUCUAAAAUGUUUUCACUAUAAACUGAUUUAAUUUGGAGCGACAGAUACAGGGGGAGUGGCUUUAUUGCAUCAGAUACAUGUCACUUUACUCACAGCUGAUUGGUCCAGUUUUGGUUUGUGAUCUCUAACUCAGAAUAAAACCUGCUCCAGAGCAGGUUAGCCAUGUAGCGUAAGUUACCAUACCAAUGAACCCCGCUAAAAACCAAUCCACCUUCAUAAACCCGAAAAACCAGAGUUUACUCAAACUAAUCUUGAACUUACCUGAGUAGCAACUGAAACUGGCUUUGUGCAACAGGCCACUGGGUAGAACAUCACGGUUGCCAUCUCGUAGUUACGGUUAUGAUGGUGCAGCAUAAGAUCAUUGUUUUAGUUCAAGAGGAACUGUAAAAGGUGGCUGCUGUUUGUUUUUGGCGCUUGGUGACUGUCUGUCUACAACUCUACAUAGCCUUAUCGUGCUAUGUAUGGAAAUACAUAUAUGUUGACAGGCAGGUAGGACAUCGGACCGAAUACAAUGAUUGGAAGUACAUUUUUUGAUCCUGAGACUUCCACAGAACAUAUAUUUACAUGCUAUCAGGAUGUGAAGAGAAUUUCAACUAGUAUAACAAAAAGACACCCUACCUUUAAUAUUGUUUAAUUUAAAUUCAAAUUUCUGCAGUACUCAAGUAGCUGGAGUGGCUUAAUUUUUUUGAGUAAUCAACUUAAAAAUUUGUUCAUGUUACAAUUUUUUUUAUUUCCUCUACAUAAUUUCAUUCAAAGUUGUCAUUACUUAAAACAGUUGAUGAAAAAGUUGUUGUUGAGCCAACACAUUAUUUUUUAGAGUGUACAUUACACUGUUAAUAAUAAAGGUUCCAAAUGGAUUUUUUCACAGUGAUGAAGAACCAAAUAACUUUUAGUGAUCAGUUCUUAAAAGACCCAUUUGUCUUAGUUUGGAAAACAUUUUAAUAAACUUUUUUGAACUAUAAAUAACCUUCAGUGCAAUGAAAAGGUUCCACUGGUAUUAAAAGUUUUUCAUGGAACAAUCAAUGUCAAUAAAGAAUUUUUAUUUUUAAGAGUGUACAUAAAAUACAGGAGUAUAAUAAAGUUUCUGAGCAAUAAUUCA